UGUAAUUUGAAUAAAUCGAUUAGUUCGAUUGAUUGUAAAAAAUUUACCUAUCUGAGCUGGCCGAACUCGGAGGGUCAAAUUGCUGUAUUUUCGCAGCCAUCGCAAGGUUAACAGACUUGCGCUUAAUACGGUCAGAUCACAGCAAGGUGCAAGCAAAGAAGAAAACACAGUGGCCCAAAUGAACUCCGAAGGAAGUGGAAACAUUGUGGGCUUAAUCAUAUCGUUUGUAAAAAAGUUUGCCACCGUUGGUAUAGUAUGGGGAUGUGGGUACAUGAACUGGAGCAUCGCAUGGUUCAUAGGACCAGUAGUUUUGGCUGUACUUCGAAAAGAAUGGAAAAAGGAAAGCGAUCAGCGGCGGUUGACUGCACAAGCUGCAGUUCUUGCAGGAGAACAACACAUGAUUAUCAAUCGAAUGUCAGAGCUUCCAUCUUGGGUGUAUUUUCCUGACUAUGACCGUGCCGAAUGGCUCAACAAGAUAUUAUACAAGCUUUGGCCGAGCAUGAAUGCGUUUGUGAAGCAAAUCUGCAAACAAGAUAUCGAGCCAGCAAUCUCAGCUCGAUUAUCAGACUACAAACUGAAUGGAUUCUCAUUUGAUAGAUUGGUUCUUGGACGUAUUCCUCCACGAAUUGGUGGGGUCAAAGUUUAUGAUAAAAAUACCGACAGAAAUGAAAUCAUCCUGGAUGCAGAGAUACUAUAUGCUGGAGAUUGUGAUAUCUCAUUCUUUUGUAAGAACAUCAAAGGGGGCAUCAAAGAUUUUCAGAUCCGUGGGAUGGUACGUGUGGUAAUGAAACCUUUGUUGUCGAUCAUGCCACUUGUUGGUGGACUUCAAAUCUUCUUCCUCAACAUGCCCUCAGUUGAUUUCAAUCUAGUUGGUGCAGCUGAUCUUCUAGAUAUGCCUGGUUUAAGUGAAAUCUUGAGAAAAGCCAUAAUUGAACAAAUCGGUGCCAUUAUGGUACUGCCAAACAAGCUACCGAUAGCAUUGAGUCCAGAGGUACCUCCCGAGUUACUCAAAACUCCUGAACCAGAGGGUGUGCUACGUAUCCAUGUGAUUGAAGCAAAGCAUCUGAUGAAAAAAGACUUCUCAAUGCUGGGUAAAGGAAAGUCAGAUCCAUACGCCAUAAUUAACGUUGGAUGCCAGGAAUUCCGAACUAAAACAAUUGACAAUACUGUAAAUCCUAAAUGGGAUUUUUGGUGCGAGGCUGUAGCCAGUUCCUGCAAUACACAAGUGUUAACUACAACUGUCUGGGAUUGGGAUCCAGGAUUUCCUGGUGUCCGAAAUGACGACUUUCUUGGAAGGGCUACUAUCGAAGUCAUCCGGGUUCAGAAGAAAGGAACUUUGGACAUUUGGAUCACCUUGGAGUUUGCUAAGCAUGGUAUGGUUCAUCUUCGACUCACAUGGUUGACGCUCUCUAAAAAUCUUGUAGACCUUCCAGCUGCCCUGGCAGAAACGCAACAACUACGAGUUACCUCAAUGAGCACAGCGUUGCUUAUUCUCUAUGUUGAUUCAGCUAAGAAUUUACCGUGUGUUAAAGGUACCAAACAGCCCGAUGUCUACCUUGAGGCAUUGGUUGGAAAUCGUACGGAAAGAACUGCAACAAUUAUGCGGGCAUGUGAUCCCAUAUGGGAACAAGGCUUUACUCUCCUUGUUGCAAAUCCAGAAACAGAUACACUGCACCUAAGGAUCGUUGAUGAAAAGACAGGAACAACUGUCGGCGUACUAAGCUAUCCAUUAACAUCGUUAAUGGAAAAAGAAAAUCUAGAAGUAUCUCGUCAACCAUUUAAUCUGAAACAGGCCCAAGCUGACAGCAAAAUCAUCCUCUCAAUGACACUCAGGAUUUUGAAAUACGAGGCUCCUGAGCGCACUUUGGAUGAUGAUGAUGAAGAACAGGAUUUGACUACUUUGAACAGACAACUUGAACGUGAAGAAUCUAAUAUAAGUAUCAGCCCAUCCAGCAGUAUUUCAGCCAGUCCACUAAAAAAACAGCUAUCUAAAGAUUCUGUCACCAGUAGUGCCAUAUCCACAGCUAGCUUUAAUCCAAGCCAAAGUCUUGAAGAGGAGACAACAUUGAUUCAAGAACCCGCAGCAGUUUCAAUUGACUCUAUACCAGUAUUAGCAAACCCAAAUUUAAUUCAUAGGAAUCUCAGUGUAACUUCUUCAGCUGGAGAAUCCGGAUUAGGCAGAAUUCAGCUGACCUUGCGACACAGCGUGGCUAGACAGAAGCUCGUAGUUGUCGUACACAAAAUCGCUAAUCUACCGCUGCCUCACAACGAUCCAAACAGCAUACCAGAUCCCUAUGUCAAGCUCUAUCUUUUGCCGGAUCGCCACAAGGAAUCUAAGCGCAAAACUGCUGUCAUGAAGGACAACUGUAGUCCGGUCUACGAUGAGCAAUUUGAAUAUCUCAUCUCUCAGGGUGACAUUAAUUCCAAGAAAUUGGAAGUCUCUGUGUGUACUCAAAAAGGAUGGCUCUCUACUGGUGGAAAUGUAAUUGGGCAGGUCUAUCUGACUCUAGGUGAUCUCGAUCUCACCCAACCAAUUACUGGCUGGUUCGAUUUACUUCCUGUGAAUCAGAAUUGAGAAAUGAGGAGGAAUAUAACACAGUGUUGAUAGCUCAUUUUCAGAGAAAACAAAUUUUUUGUUAAAAGAGUAAAAAGAUAAGUUAUUUUUUUUAUUCAAUGGUUCAGAAUAGAAAGUCCAUACCAAAGGCUACAUUCGAAAGCGUAUUUGCUUACUAUUGCGAACAAAUAUUUAUAGCUAUUUAUUUAAACGUUUAAGGGGUCAUAUACACUUCAAAAUGUGAAAUUCACGGAAAAAAUACAAAGGUGCUAUAUUGUUCAGUGUUCUGUGGUAUUAUUAGGUAUAAAACUCAAUAAAAUUUGGUAGUGUAUAAGAACCCCUGAAGAUUUUUCUACAAGGUUUUGAAAUCGCCGAUAACACUGUAUUAUCAAAGUAUAUUUCUGAUAAAUGAGCCUACGUUAUAAUUCCCCAAGCUGUUACCAUGUCACGAACUUGAUAUUUUUCCAAUGAGAAAUUAUACUCAGACAAUUUGAUUGCAUUUAUAACUUUUCAACUCUGACAGCCGAUUUCAUGACCAUUGAUACUGAGCAUGUUGACAACAAGCAAACAUCUCUAUUCGAUAAAUUAAAUCAAAAGUACAAUUACUACUAUGAAUUUGUCCAAGUUUGACUACACUGAAUUAAUUGAACAAAACUAUUGAUUAACUAAUUCUAUUUCAAGUUAUUGAUGAAGAUAGUGCUGGCCUCACUACAAAUCUAUAUCUAUAUACUGUGUUAUACAUUUUCAAAUAACAUAUGAUAUAUUUACGCUAUUAACAAAGUAAAGUUAAUAUAUUUCUGGCAUUUUUUGUUCAAGAAUAACAUUAGGAUUAUAUUUUCACCUUUGCUAUACAUUUUUUUGUUUACACUUUUAAUGUUACAAUAUAUUGUUGGUAAUAGACAAAUAAGAUAAUCAGUA